AUGGCUCCUGCCAAACGCAACCUCACCUUGCCUCAACUAGCAUUGCAGCUUACGACUGCUUACAAGCUCCUCCUCGCCGAACCCUCCGCCUCUGUCGUCCUCCUGGAAGCCCGGCAGGCCUCCAGCGGCGCCACCGGACGCAACGGUGGGCAUUGUCGCCCGGGGGACUACUUGGGGUUCAAGAAUAAUGUGGAUCUCAUCGGCGUCGAGGAGGCGCUGCGGGUGGAGAACCUCGAGGAGACGAAAGUGCGUGCCGUAGCGGCGUUGGUGGAGGAGCAUGGCAUCGAUUGUGAUUUUAGGGCGCGAGAGUCGUUGGAUGUGUUUGUGGAUCCGAAGCAGUGGGAGGCAGCGCUGGAGGCGUUGAAGGCACGUGACCUGAUGGAGUUGUCCCGAGGCGACGGUGUCUCUGGUGAUGGGGAUCUCAUAUUUGGCGUCGGCAGCUGGCACAGAAAGGUUGGAAUACAGCGGACCUUUGAUGACACCACGCUCCAUCCCGAGAUCUCAGAGUAUCUUACUAAUGCAGCGACGAAUUUAUUCGGCCUGGGGUGA